AUGUAUUUCCUUAAUAAAAUACCUUUUCAGGUACUCGCAGCUUUGCUAUGGUUUAGUAUAUCGAAAGGUGGUUGGCAUCGACUAAAUGGCAGCUCACAUCAUCAGAUUUGUCUCUAUGGCAGCAGUGCGUCGACAUGUUCAUUUGCCUCGGCUCUCGGGUUCUUUUCACUUGUUGGCGCUGGUGCACUAUUAUUGUCAGAUGCACGAUUCGAACGCGUUACAUCCAUUCCAACACGAAAACGAAUUGUUACUGGAGAUCUAGCUGUGUCCGCGAUAUUUGCUGCUAUAUUUCUGAUUGCGUUCUUCACUUUCUGGAGCAAGUUUUCGUCGUUUGAUCUUGAUGAACCCUAUUCCACCGGAUACGCAAAACUCGGCAUUCUAUUGGCAUUCCUGUCGACGUUGGCUUGGGGUGGUGCGGCGUUCUUCGCAUGGAGACGAUAUGAAGAGGGCGCAGUCACAGCUCUAGGAACAAACUUCGAUAACGAAUUCAGUGGUAUCGACGGCGAGGUUCAGGAUGGCUAUGGUUACGGUGGAAGUUCUGAAGAACUUGGUGCAGUCGCUACGUCCAGUGAAUGUACCCGAAAUACCUCCUAUCCAACCCCGUGCACCACCUUCAAUAUGCCGCCCAAUCCGAAUCCAUUCGUUGGAACUGAAGGAUAUGGUUACUGA